AUGCCAAUCAUGGAGAAGAGCGAGGCAGCCAGAGACCGAUACAGUCAAAUGUUGCCAAAGGUCCCCGUGCCGCCACUGAAACAAACCCUCGACACUUACUUGAAGAGUGUCCAACACCUGGUAGGGGAGGAGCAGUUCAAGAAAACAAAGGCCAUUGUGGAGAAGUUUGGGGCUCCGGGAGGCGUCGGAGAGGUUCUCCAGAAGAAGCUUUCAGAGAGGAGGGACAAGACAUCCAACUGGGUGUAUGACUACUGGCUGGAGGACAUGUACUUGAACAACAGGAUGCCCCUACCGGUCAACUCCAGUCCUGUCACGGUGUAUCCUAAGCAGACGUUUAAAGAUCAAAAAGACGCCCUCAGAUUUGCUGCUCGUCUCAUCGAAGGAGUAGUGGAGUAUGCUGCUCUGAUUGAUGCGCGAGCACUGCCAGUGGAUGUUGCUCGAGGCAAGCAAGCUGGGACUGCUCUGUGCAUGGAGCAGUACUACCGGGUCUUCAGCUCCUACCGCUACCCGGGGUUAAAGACGGACACGCUGGCGGUCCAGACGAACGCAGCAUCCGCCGCGUCGCAGCACGUCAUCGUGGCGUGCAAGAACCAGUUUUUCGUGUUGGAUGUAGUCACAAAGGGCAAGAAGCUCAUCGAGACCGAGAUCUUAUCCCAACUGGUGAAAAUCAUGACGAUGGCAGAAAACGCAGCAGAGAGACUCCCUCCUUUUGGUAUCCUGACAUCUGAUGGGAGAACCGAAUGGGCACAAGCCAGAGACGCACUAUCAAAAGAUCAAACCAACAGGGACUCUCUGGCCCUGAUCGAGAGCUGUCUGUGUGUGGUGUGUCUGGACGAACCCGGUGGCCUGGUGCCGAGGGAUUCUAACAGGGCCCUGCUGAUGCUGCAUGGUUGCGGCCGCGAGAAGAAUGGGGCAAACCGCUGGUACGACAAGUCAAUGCAGUUUGUUGUAGGAAUGGACGGGGCAUGCGGAGUUGUGUUCGAACAUUCGGUAUUCGAGGGAAUGGUUAUGGUGCAUUGCUCUGAAUACCUGUUCAACCACAUAACAGGGAGCCCCUCCAAGAUGGCGGAAGCAUCCAGCGUCAGAGAGCUCGCCCCUCCAAGAAGGGUGCUCUGGAAAAGCAACCCACACAUCGAAGGACUUUUAGCAGCUUCUGGAGAGCGACUCCAGUGGCUGGUGAAUAAUCUCGACAUGGAUGUUUUCAAGUUCGACGUUUAUGGGAGAGAAUACAUAAAAAAACAGAAGACGAGUCCCGACGCGUUCAUACAACUUGCCUUACAACUCGCGGUUUACAAAUGCAACAGAAGGCUUGAUGCCACUUAUGAGAGUGCGUCCAUUCGGCGUUUCCAACGAGGUCGGGUUGACAAUAUUCGCUCUGCCACCCUGGAGGCCCUGGCCUUUGUGACGGCCAUGACAGAUGAGAGGGCCACUUUCUCCGAUGAAGAAAAAAUGAAACGAUUCCGUGAUGCAAUUAAUGCCCAGACAAAUUAUACAAUUGCAGCUAUUACAGGAAUGGCAAUAGACAAUCACCUCCUCGGGCUUCACAGGAUCGCAAAGGAGCUCAACAUGGAGACGCCAGAGAUCUUCAGCGAUGAGACGUAUUUGGGCAGUAACCAGUUCAUCCUGACGACCAGCCAGGUCCUAACCACGGUGAAAAUGUUCUGUUGCUACGGCCCGGUGACGCCCAACGGCUACGGUGCCUGUUACAACCCGCAGUCAGACCACAUCAUCUUCUGUGUGUCCAGUUUCUGGGAGAAAACAGCGACCAACUCUGCCGUUUUCGUCAAAGUCCUGAACGAGGGCCUUCUGGAAAUCAGGGACCUGUGCAAUAGAAGCAGUGCUGCGUCUCCCAAAGGGGAGAGCACGCCCACUGAAGCUGCUCCACUCAGCACACUUAGACUCAGUUGA